CGCCCGGUCUGCAGUCGGAGACUUGCAGGCAGCAAAUGCAGAAGAAGGGAAAGCAAAGGGGAAAGGAGCAGAAGGAACGCUGCGAAGGCAAGGAGCCCUGGAAGUGGCAGCAGCAGCAGCAUUAGCAGCAGCACUUUUUCUCCUUGCAGCUAUCUAUACAUACAUACAUAUAUCCAUAUAUAUAUAAGUAUAUAUAUAUAUCCAUAUACUUAAGCUGUGUUUAAACACCCUUCCAGCUCAUGCACCAUGGUUUUGCAAAGUAGGCUCCCUUGGAUUAUUUUCUGUGGCGUCUGGCUGCUUGGCUUUGCUCACACGGGGGAGGCACAGGCUGCGAAAGAAGUAAUAUUGUUGGAUUCCAAAGCACAGCAGACAGAGUUGGAAUGGAUUUCUUCUCCUCCCAAUGGAUGGGAAGAAAUUAGUGGACUGGAUGAAAACUACACACCUAUACGAACAUACCAGGUAUGCCAAGUCAUGGAGCCUAACCAGAAUAACUGGCUGCGGACUAACUGGAUUGCAAAAGGCAAUGCACAAAGGAUUUUUGUAGAACUAAAAUUUACUCUGAGAGAUUGUAAUAGCCUUCCUGGAGUCCUGGGAACAUGUAAAGAAACUUUCAACUUGCAUUAUUAUGAAACAGACUAUGACACUGGCAGGAGUAUCAGAGAAAACCUGUAUGUAAAAAUAGAUACAAUUGCAGCUGAUGAAAGCUUUACCCAAGGUGAUCUUGGGGAGAGAAAAAUGAAACUUAAUACAGAGGUGAGAGAGAUUGGACCUCUAUCCAAAAAAGGAUUCUACCUUGCAUUUCAGGAUGUAGGUGCCUGCAUUGCUUUGGUUUCUGUCAAAGUAUACUACAAGAAGUGCUGGUCCAUUAUUGAGAACUUAGCUAUUUUUCCAGAUACAGUGACUGGGUCAGAGUUCUCUUCCCUAGUUGAGGUCCACGGAACUUGUGUCACCAGUGCAGAAGAAGAGGCCGAGAACUCUCCUAGAAUGCACUGUAGUGCAGAGGGAGAAUGGUUAGUACCUAUUGGGAAGUGUAUCUGCAAAGCUGGUUUCCAGCAAAAAGGGGACACGUGUGAACCCUGUGGGCGUGGAUUCUACAAGUCCUCUUCACAAGAUCUACAAUGUUCCCGUUGUCCUAUGCACAGUUUUUCUGACAGGGAAGGAUCUUCACGAUGUGAUUGUGAAGACAGCUAUUACAGAGCACCUACUGAUCCACCAUAUGUUGCUUGCACAAGACCUCCAUCUGCACCACAGAACCUUAUUUUCAAUAUUAACCAAACUACUGUAAGUUUGGAAUGGAGCCCUCCUGCUGAUAAUGGAGGAAGAAACGAUGUGACCUACAGGGUAUUGUGCAAGAGGUGCAGCUGGGAACAGGGUGAAUGUGUUCCUUGUGGGAGCAAUGUUGGAUAUAUGCCCCAACAAACUGGAUUAGCAGACAACUACGUCACUGUCAUGGACCUGUUAGCUCAUGCCAACUACACUUUUGAAGUUGAAGCUGUGAAUGGUGUUUCUGACUUGAGCCGUUCCCAGAGGCUUUUUGCAGCUGUUACUGUUACCACUGGUCAAGCAGCUCCCUCGCAAGUUAGCGGCGUAAUGAAAGAGAAAGUGUUGCAAAGGAGUGUGGAGCUUUCCUGGCAGGAACCCGAGCAUCCCAAUGGAGUCAUCACAGAAUAUGAAAUCAAGUAUUAUGAGAAAGACCAAAGGGAGAGGACUUACUCAACAGUGAAAACCAGGGCCACUUCUGCUUCAGUCAAUAAUCUGAAACCAGGAACUGUAUAUGUUUUCCAGAUUCGUGCAUUUACUGCUGCUGGCUAUGGGAAUUAUAGCCCUAGACUAGAUGUUGCUACACUAGAGGAAGCCACAGCCACCGCUGUCUCCAGUGAACAGAAUCCUGUAAUAAUCAUAGCUGUAGUAGCUGUGGCAGGCACUAUCAUUCUGGUCUUCAUGGUAUUUGGCUUCAUCAUUGGACGAAGGCAUUGUGGCUACAGCAAAGCUGAUCAAGAAGGAGAUGAAGAACUUUACUUUCAUUUUAAAUUUCCAGGCACCAAAACCUACAUUGACCCUGAAACCUAUGAAGAUCCAAAUAGAGCUGUCCAUCAAUUCGCCAAGGAGUUAGAUGCCUCCUGUAUUAAAAUAGAGCGUGUGAUUGGUGCAGGAGAGUUUGGUGAAGUGUGCAGUGGCCGCCUAAAGCUUCCAGGCAAGAGAGAUGUUGCAGUGGCUAUUAAAACCUUAAAGGUUGGCUAUACUGAAAAGCAGAGAAGAGAUUUUCUUUGUGAGGCAAGCAUCAUGGGACAGUUUGACCACCCCAAUGUUGUCCAUUUAGAAGGGGUUGUCACCAGAGGGAAACCAGUAAUGAUUGUAAUAGAAUACAUGGAGAAUGGAGCACUGGAUGCAUUUCUCAGGAAACAUGAUGGGCAAUUUACUGUAAUUCAGCUGGUGGGAAUGUUGAGAGGAAUUGCUGCUGGAAUGAGAUACUUGGCUGAUAUGGGAUAUGUGCACAGGGAUUUAGCAGCACGAAACAUCCUAGUCAACAGCAAUCUUGUUUGUAAAGUAUCAGAUUUUGGCCUCUCCAGAGUUAUAGAAGAUGACCCUGAAGCUGUCUACACUACAACGGGUGGCAAAAUACCAGUAAGAUGGACAGCUCCAGAAGCCAUACAGUAUAGAAAGUUUACAUCAGCAAGUGAUGUAUGGAGUUAUGGAAUAGUUAUGUGGGAAGUAAUGUCUUACGGAGAGAGGCCAUACUGGGAUAUGUCAAAUCAAGAUGUUAUAAAAGCAAUCGAAGAAGGGUAUCGCUUGCCAGCACCCAUGGACUGCCCAGCAGGCCUUCACCAGCUGAUGCUAGACUGCUGGCAGAAAGAGCGGGCAGAAAGGCCAAAGUUUGAGCAAAUAGUGGGCAUUUUAGACAAGAUGAUCCGCAACCCAAACAGCUUGAAAACCCCUUUGGGAACCUGUAGUAGACCAAUCAGUCCUCUUCUGGACCAGAACACACCCGAUUUCACAACAUUUUGCUCAGUUGGAGAAUGGUUGCACGCUAUCAAGAUGGAAAGAUACAAGGAUAACUUUUCAGCAGCAGGGUAUAAUAAUCUUGAGACUGUAGCAAGGAUGACUAUUGAUGAUAUUAUGAGCCUAGGCAUCACUUUGGUUGGCCAUCAAAAGAAGAUAAUGAGCAGCAUUCAGACUAUGAGAGCACAAAUGUUACAUUUGCAUGGCACUGGCAUCCAAGUGUGAUAAACAUUUCUCCCCUAUGAGGGAGGUGACAGACUUGAGAGAACAGUGCCAGCCUUCUGUCUACAUGAAGUGCUGCUAGAAGAUUUUUCUGGGUCCUUCCUGCAGACAACAGAAGGCUCACAAGAAGCACCUACAGACUUGAACUCCUAAGUGCCACCAGACAGUUACUUAAAAAGGGAAAAUGGAUCCACCGAUGGCGGCAACGAAAGCAGUGACAAUAAACAAAGUACUACCUGAAACACCUACGAACACCUUGAACUCUCUAACCUCCUUUUUAUCUAAUGGACUUUUUAAAAUGUACAUAGAGGAUUUUAAAAUGAAAGAAAGGAUAUAUUUGUCAGAUAAAAAAUCAUGAUAUUAUUGUUGAAGUCAACAAGAUAUUUUCCUCAAACCUUUGAUUUCAAGCUCUUUUUAUUUUUAAGAAAUCACUUGUGUUCCUUUUUCCUAUAGACCUUCCUUUAGUUAAACAUUUAUAUCUUUGGGCCUUCUUAGUGCUAAGCAUAUGACACAUUAUUACACUGGGGACUUCUGAAAGAUUGUAUGAAUUUCUACAGACACAAAAGUGUAACUGAGAAAUGUGUAUCAAGCUAGCUACUGAGUGGGGUGAAGUGGGGUUAGGACAGGGUUUUCUUUAUGGAAGUUACUUUUGUCUGUUAAUUCCACACCACAUUGAUGUGGUUUGCUAAUUGGCAGGAAAUCAGGAAAAAAUAGUGAGAGUUCUGAUAUUUUUGAAAAUAAUUUUGUAUGACUUAUCACAUACCUUCUCUUUAAACAGGAAAUGAAUAAAUGGAGAAUCUAGCAAUAAUGUUCCCUAAGAAAUCCUAGGCACGUUUAAAAGAAUGGUUUGAAAGAUGACUUUAAGUUGGUUGCCUAGAUUAAAUGAAAUCUGUACAUCUUCAACUUUAAAUUUGUUUCAGCCCCUUUCACUGAAUGAUUGAUUGUAGGUGUAUCACAACAAAACAAAACAAAACAAAAAACAGGUACUGUACUGUAGUGUUGCCUAGCCUUUUAAUCAGAGCACAUUGGAGGUAUAUUGUUGUGUGUUUUUGUCAUGUGUUUUUCUUUUCAAUAAUCCACAUUAGAAGGUCAAGGAGAAACAAUGGGCAUGGUUAAAUAUGAGAUUAAGUUGAAUGUAGUCCUUCCUGCAAAAAUAAAAGAUCUUGGAGUGCAAUCAAAAGAAUAGUAGGCACAUGUACACCUCACUUGAGUUAGCAGGAACUAAUUUUAAUGAAUGCUUAAAUUUCACUGAUUUCAGUGUAGACCGUCUCAGUUCACAUGUUACCAUCCUCUGGUGGAGGAACUGGUGUGCACAUGAGCUCAUAUAUGAUGUCUCUCAUAUGGAUGAUUUUCUAUAUGUCAACAUUCAGUGAUGCAUCCUCCCUGGGCUUGCAACAAGUUCUUAUUAAUUUUCAUUUCCUUUGUUAGACAAAGGUACUGUAUUCACUGUAGGAGAAACUCUGGGCCCCUUUGUAUAUGAGUUUAUUUGCCAAUGGAGGGAAGAUGAUUCUCUUCUACCUACGCUGCUGCCAGUAACAUACCAUCUAGGAGUAAUCUAGAUUUCUCUAGAUGUCAAGUUUUCAGGUAAGAGUUCAAUCAAGACAGAGAAAGUAAGAUACACUUUACUGAAAUCAGUGUGAUUUGAGAACAGUGGUGGUAUGAUGUCCCAGUGGUUUCAUGAGAUGCAAGUGCUCCCAAAUCUCUUGAUUGCACUCCUCCUGUACAUGCCCUGUUGAAAUGAAUGAAAGGUAAAACAACAGCUGUAGGUUUUGUACAGGAGAUAUUUCUCAGUUGGUGCCUUUGGAUUUUCUAUGAGAGCUGUAGAGUGUAAGGCAAGUGGCAGUUCAAAAUUUCAAGGAUUGUUGGGGUUUUUUACAAGCUGCUCUAGACACAUUUUUCUUUGAGAUGUCUGACUGAAAGGUAGCUAUUGAGUGAGAGAACUCUUUUUUGGAAAAAAAUACCAGUUUUAAUUUAAUAUAUGCGUACUUGAGUUGAGUGAAAUGUAAAAUUACCAUAAGCAAUAACAAAGUGUGUUGCAGGAAUAUAUACGAAACAGGUGAUUAAUGCUGUCAAAAAUAUCUUGCAAAUCGUGAGCUACCCCAGCAGUGAACAGCUGUACUUCCAAAGAGAACUGGGCUGCUCCCGUUGGUUUUCAUAGAGAAAGAUCCCAGGGAUCAGUCAUAUAAAUUAAAUCUCGUUAGAUAAUGUGGUCAUCCACACAAAAAAGAAGAAAUAACCUGUAAAUGUUCCUUUGUAAAACUUGUACAUUUUAUUUAUACUGUCUUGUUUUGUACACACAUUUCUGUGCAGUGAGCUCUGAAUACAUUGAAAAUGCACUAUAUUUUUCUAUUUUACUUACAGAGCAUCACAAAGAAGAACAUGUUUUUCAGUGCUACAUAAUGUUUUUUCCCACAUUUAGGACCAAAGAUAGCUUCAGAAAACUGAGAUCAUUCUCCACUGGGGGAGGUUGGUGGCUGCAGUUCCUAUGAGUGGUGAAUUUACUCCAGGUUUUAGGAGCAUUGAAGGGGCUGAGCAUAUGUGGGGGAUAAGAUUCAGCAUUUUGGAUAACUCAUUUAAAGUUUGAACUAAAAUCCAGAGCAGAUUCAUUACCCUGAUGACAUUGGAACCACUUACUUCCCCUCCUCCUCCCCCCUUAUUAUUAUUAUUAUUGUUUUCUUUUAGAGCACUGUACAGUGUUAUUUGUCAUUUUAUUUAUUUGGUUGGUUAGAAAAAUCACUUUGAUUAUACUAAUUCUUUUUUAUUCUUCUUUUCCUCCUUUGUUAAAGAAAUCUGUAAAAAAAGACAAAUGAACAAAAAAUCUUUGAAAUAACAUAAUCCCAUUACAUAGACACUUCCAUUUGUAAUCUUUGUAAUAGACUGUAAAUAUAUUUUUGGAAAUACAA